CGCGAUUUUAAGUGAUGAAAUGAAAGUGAAUUCGGGAUCUAGGAGCGAGUCCUGGCUUCAGAAUGAAGCAGAAGAAGGUCCGCCCCAACCGCGUGGCGGUUGGGGCGCCCAUGCGCCUUUACCUCUGCUGCUUCGUUUUCCGAAGCGUUAAUGCACUCACUGUGCGCACUUAUUUUAACGCGGAUGAGUAUUGGCAGUCUCUUGAAGUCGCUCACGUUGCCGUCUUUGGAUACGGCCACCUGACUUGGGAGUGGGACGCCGCGGUGCGUGGGUUCGCCCACCCCGCGAUAUUCGCGGCCAUCUACGAAGCCGCACGUUGGAUGCGCGUUGACACCGUUCCGUUCCUCGUAUGGGCGCCGAGGUUCGUCCAGGCCGCGUUUGCCGCUCUCGCGGACGUAUCCAUCGCUCGACUUGCACGGCGUCUAGACGGAGAUCGCGCAAGAGGUUGGGCUCUUUUUUGUACGAUGUCGUGUUGGUUUCAUUUUUUUUGCUCUGUGCGGACGUUUUCGAACUGCAUGGAGACUGCUCUUAGUGCGGCGGCGGCGGCGCUGUGGCCAUGGCAGUGCAUUAAGGACCGGGAGGCUAAGGAUGGGGAAGUUUGGGCAGCAAAAAAGGCGGCUACGCCCCAGCGACGAAGCGCCAAUACGAAAUCAAAGCUAACGCAGAAUGGUGGUGCAAAUCGUAUGGUUGCACUUUCGCUUGCUGCGACAUCCUGUGUUAUCAGACCUACUGCGGCAGGAUAUUGGUUUCCCUUGAUUAUCCUCGAAGCAUUUUACACAUGCCGAAGCUCCCUGGGUGAUCGCACACGCGGCAUCUUUCUCCUCCUCUAUGAGGCACUUCCGAAUGUAUUGAGCGCACUUGUCUUCUCAUUUGUCACAGAUCGAUUAUUCUACGGGUGGUGGGCGUUCACAACUAUAAAUUUUUUCAAGUUCAAUUUUCUGAACGGAGGCAGUGUUCGCUAUGGUGUUCACCCGUGGCACUGGUACUUAACACAAGGUUUACCCACGGUCGCGUCGGUGUAUUUGCCGUUAGCGGCGUUGGCGUUAUUUGUGAGAAGCAAUAAUAAUACCUUUACUUCGUUCAUCGCUCUCUGUUGUAUCGUCAUCGGUCACAGCAUUGUUGAACAUAAAGAACUUCGUUUUAUGAUGCCGACUCUGCCAUUUAUUCUCGCACUGUCUGGUAUCGGGUUAGCCUGCCUCGUGAGUGAAAUGCAUGUGACGUCAAAAUUCGGAAAAAGAGAGGGAGGCAUGACAGGCGUUUGGAAGUCCGAACGCGUCCGUUGGAUUUUCGUUGCUUACAUUCUGUUCACACAAAUCCCACCUGCACUGUACUUUUCAAUGUGGCAUCAAAUUGGAAGCAUUGCAGUCAUGCCCUUUCUAUCAAACGCAGUUUCUGCGAACUCAACACACUCAGGAGGCAUUCUAUUCCUCACACCUUGUCACCAGACACCAUAUACGACGCACAUGCACAAUUCACAUGUUUCUAUGAGAUUCUUAGAGUGUCCCCCGAAGUGUUUUUGGUGCGAUGACGAAAAUGUCAGCAAUUUUGAUCAUGUUGAUGAGUCUGAACGUUUUUUUCAUAAUCCUGGAGCGUGGCUGGCGACAGCGUACGGAGCACAAGACUGUGUUUACUCCAGAAAUGACCAUAGUGUUGGUGUUUUCGUUGAACGAGACGGUCACGUGGUGCCGUUUUGUGAUGGUACGCUUGUGCCAAGUCACGUGGUCAUGUUCAACGAUACCUAUGCUCAGCUCGGAGUCAAAGCCUGGCUUAAAGACUGGGGAUAUCGCCACGAAGCAGAUCUGUUUCACACGCACUUCAAGGUAGACCGUGAUAUGCAGUCAAGGAUGUGGGUGUUCGUUCGUUCACCUUCUUUGCGCGACGGAGGGAGAGAAUAACAUAAUGUUUGUGUGAUUCUCGCGCAGAUGACAUCGAGUAGACGAGAUUUUGUGAAAGAUGAAAGGGCAUUUGCGAGAGGAUUUUUUCAUCUCCUGAGGUUGUGUUCACAUUAUGUCUGCUCUUACUAUUUUUGGCCGUGCCUACCUCAAUAUUGACCGCAUUACGUUAGUAAGUU